AGCCGUUACAGACACUGGAUGAAACGCGGCGGGCGUUGCUCUGCGUUUAACCCUUAAGGUUCCGGACGUGAACCCUCCCGCAGCUGCGCCGUGCGUGUCUCCUGUCGAGGCCGGCCAACAGACGCGGAGACCGGCAGCAGCGGCAAGCCUGACCCGACCUCGCUCCAUCUGGAUCCCCGCUGAGUUACAGGACUUUUUCCCCGGCUUUGUCAGGAUUUUGGGAAUUUUAUGGCGCCCACCAUGGGAGGGUCUGAGUGACCGCAUCGGCUCCGCCUGGGUUCGGCUCUUGAUGACUCGGAGGCCCCGAGGAGCCUUGCCCGCGGAGCCCCAAUACAGGUCUCGGACACCGGAGAGGAGUGGAGGAGGAGUCCGUCUGUCGGCUUUUGUGAUUGGACUCUGGUUCUGUCCACCAUGAACCCUCUGAACCACAUGAAGGCCGGACUGACCAACAACCCGCAUAGUGACGGGUCCUACCCCUACGACCCCUCCGGCUGGCAGCAGCCCUCCAAUCAGCCCACAGGGUCUCUCUCCGUGGUCACCACUGUGUGGGGGGUCACCAACCCCUCGGCCAGCCAGGGCCUUGGAGGAAGCGUGAUGGGGCCGGGGGGCAACCCAGGCGGAGGGCCCAUGAUGCAGGGCCCUGGAGGGCCGGGCAUGACCGGUGGACACGGAGGAUACAUGGGGCAGCCAGGAUACGCCGAACCCAACAAGGGCUACGUGAACCCGGGCAUGUACAACCGGCAAGGGGGGGGCUACGCUGGAGGACCGGGCGGUUACCCCGGAAGUUACCCCCCCAAUCACUCAGGCUCCAGAGGCUCCGCUGACUUCACGCAGGCAGCAGCCGCGGCCGCCGUCGCUGCCGCCACGGCCACCGCCACUGCCACGGCGACGGUCGCAGCCAUCCAGGAGAAGCAGAACUAUGGACAGAUGGGGGCCCCAGCCUACAACAACCAGUUCAUGGGCCAUGCGGGGCCUCGAGGGGCUCCUGGGAUGGUCCCUGGUGCUGCCCCGACCAGGGGUCCUUCUUCAAUGGGCCCCAUGUAUGGCCCUGCGGGGAUGUCGCAGAGGGGUCCUCAGCACCCAAACUACGGUCCAGGACCCCAGCAGGGACACCCGAGGCCCCAACAGGUUCUCAAAAGGUCCUACAACCCAGAGUCCUUCCCAGGAGUGGCCCCCCAAUACGGCGUCCCAGUCGGCUCCGGAGUGAACUUAAUGUCCGGCGGAUCCAUGCCAGGUUCAAGUGGAGCCAGUCCAGCUGGUCCUGGUCCAUACUCCGGUUCCAACAUGCAGUACCAUCCAGGUCCCGGUGGUCCAGGCCCCGCCCCCCAGCGUUCUGGACCUUCCCCUUCAUAUCAGAGUCAUAAGAUGCAGCUUCCACAGUACCCAGGCUCUGGACCCCCCAGUUCACAGUACUACAAGCAGGACCAGUUUAAUGGUCAGGGUGGAGGUUUAAACGCUCUGCCUGCAGGGGGCGCUGCAGGGGUCUACAGCUCCUUUAACCAGCAGUCAGGGCCGGGUCGAGGGUUAACCGGUUACCCGUCCUCCCCCAUCUCUGGAAACCCCACCCCUCCCAUCACUCCCAGCAGCUCUAUGGCCCCGCCCUACAUGUCGCCCGGCAACAGUGACGUCAAACCGAUGGGCUCUUCUUUUCUACCUGACAUCAAACCCAACGUGGCCACCCUGGCCCCUCCCCCACCCGCAGGAAGUCUGCAGUCUGGUAACCCGAGCGACGACCUGCGGCUGACCUUCCCCGUCCGAGACGGCGUGGUCCUCGAGCCCUUCAGGCUGGAGCACAACCUGGCCGUCAGCAACCACGUCUUCCAGCUGCGCGAGUCCGUCUACAAAACGCUGAUCAUACGACCCGACCUGGAGCUGCAGUUCAAGUGUUACCACCACGAGGACCGGCAGAUGAACACUAACUGGCCCGCAUCGGUGCAGGUGAGCGUCAACGCCACUCCCCUGACCAUUGAGCGUGGCGACAACAAGACUUCCCACAAGCCUUUGUACUUGAAGCGCGUGUGUCAGCCGGGCAGGAACACCAUCCAGAUCACAGUGACGGCCUGCUGCUGCUCCCACCUGUUCGUGCUCCAGCUGGUUCAUCGGCCGACGGUGCGCUCGGUGCUGCAGGGACUGAUGAAGAAGAGGCUGCUGCCAGCGGAGCACUGCGUGACCAAGAUAAAAAGGAACUUCAGCAGCGGUUCAAUUGCCGGGACCCCAGGGUUAAAUGGAGAGGACGGCGUGGAGCAGACCGCCAUCAGAGUCUCGUUAAAAUGUCCGAUCACUUUCCGCCGCAUCCAGCUGCCCGCCAGAGGCCCGGACUGCAGACACGUGCAGUGCUUCGACCUGGAGUCGUACCUGCAGCUCAACUGCGAGAGAGGAACAUGGAGAUGCCCCGUGUGCAAUAAAACGGCUCUGCUGGAGGGACUGGAGGUGGACCAGUACAUGCUGGGGAUCCUCAUCUACGUUCAAAACUCAGACUACGAGGAGAUCACCAUCGACCCGGUGUGCAGCUGGAAGCCGGUUCCGGUCAAGCCGGACCUGCAUGUGAAGGAAGAGCCGGACGGCCCCGUUCUGAAGCGCUGCAGGACGCUCAGUCCCAGUCACAUGGUCCUGCCCAGCGUCAUGGAAAUGAUCGCGUCUCUAGGCCCCGGCCCGCCGUCCUCCUCCACGUCCACGGCGCCGCCCCCCUCCUCCCCGAUGGCCUACUCCUCGUUACCAGCAGGGGGCGGCAACUGCAGCAACACGCCUGAUUACGCCGGUCCGGUUCCGUCCUUUCCUUUCUCGGACUUCGGCGGUCAAACUCCUGGCCUCGGUGGGGACUUCUCCUCCUCCGGCCCUCCUCAUCUUUCUUACCAGCCUGAGCUCUCCAGCAGCCUCCUCCCCCCGGACAAGCCCCCGCCUCACUCACUCACCCCGCAGCAGCAGUCGCAGUCUCUCCAUGGCUCCAGCAGCCAGAUGAUGCAACGCGGCAUCCAGAACCCUCGUGCCCAAGGAGACGGUUCCUUCGGGCUGGGGGGCUCAGCAGAUGUUCCUGAACCUUCUCUAGACCUUCUGCCAGAACUCACCAACCCAGACGAGCUGCUGUCGUACCUCGGGCCUCCGGACCUGCCGAGCCACGACAACAACGACCUGCUGUUGCUGUUCGAGGACAACUGAGCCCACCGCGUGACGGGCUCGGACCCAGACGCCGCCAUCCCAAACGGACUUUUCCUGCCAUGCAGCCGCCAGGAAGGAGGAGGAGAACGAUGAAAUAUUAAUGUGACCAUGAACUCCAUAGUGACUCUAUUUCUGUGUUUUUUAUUCUGUGUUUUGAUCUUCAUCUUCAUUCCUGAGCGACUUCAUCGGGGGUCUGAGUGGAGUCGAGGGGUUUACUGUAGAAGCAGUGUGUGGUUCUUCAGAACCGGAGCGCCGCUGCUCCAAACGGUUUGGCCAUCACGUGGGAGGAGCUGCUUCCUGGAUUCAGCCGCGUUUUCCCGCCAGAACUGCAGACGAGCACAAGUGUUGCAUCCGACCCGGUUACCGUGACGACCAGCACAAAAAGAUGGUUGGAAAGGGCCGAUGCAGAGAAGCAGAGACAGGAAAUGAAGCCGGUGUUUCUGGUGACUUUUUAAUGGACUUUUAUGAACGAGUUUGUCCCAAAUCCACAUCCGAUUGUUGCGUAAUCGGCGCGUGACACACAUCCGUCUUUAGAACAUGGUUUCCAAGGUGGAUCGGUUCCACUGCUAUGAUCCGUUUUUAAUGGCUUUUUGAACAGGUGUCUUUUAACUCUGGAUGAGACCGAUUCUGCUGCAGUUCUGCACUUUCGUGGGUCGAGCGGCGUUCCAUCGCCGUCUCAGUGGCCUUCCUGCCACUCGCUGAACCUCUGGAGUUCUGGCUGGGUGUCGCUGUUCACCCAUCAGAACCACGUCUGCAGGACACCCGGCUCGGUGGACAUUCUGUCCGCAUUCAGACUGGAAGUGAGACGGGUGCUACGAUCAGCCUCACGCCUUCGUCCUCCUCAUCGUCGUGCUUCUGUACGUUGUGACGUCCAGACUGUCGUGGUGCGUUCAGGUGUUCAUCAUGACUGUGUGAUUCAGUAAUAACAUGAAUAAGAAGAGUAAUAACUUUGUAAUUUAAUAAACACACACUGGAAAGAC